CUCGCUCACGUGUCUUCCCCAUCAGUAGCCGACGCCGAUGGAUCUCGUGGCUCACGAAUCUGAAAGCGUCCGCCUCGCGUUCAGAAGUCGCCCCCGCAUGAACGGAAGCACUUUUCUCUCUGAUUUGGUGUUCAUUUUGUGAUAGCUCAGAAGAACCCUAGCAAUUGGGCAGGAGAGGAAUCUGAUCAAGAGCACCUUAUCAUUUGGCCGAGAUGCUGUUCCAGGUGGGAGGCCAGGGCACGCGGCCGACCUUCUUCGAGAUGGCGGCGGCGCAGCAGCUUCCAGUCAGCCUCCGUGCUGCGCUCACUUACUCCCUCGGGGUGUUCGCUUUAAGAAGACCAUUUCUUCACAAGGUGCUAGAUUAUGAUGAUGAAUUCUUUGCCUUGUUGAUGUUGGUACUUGAGGCUCAUAGUUUACGAACAACAGAUGCUUCUUUUUCAGAAUCCUUGUAUGGUCUUAGAAGGAGAUCUGUGAAGAUAAGAUCCAAUAAGAACACUUUAAACAAGGAGUCAAGUGAUAAGCUUCCUCGUUCUGGAUUAGAGAAGCGCCAAAAACUUCUAUCUGUUGCAAUUCUGGUCAUUUUGCCAUAUCUCAAAUCAAAGCUGCAGGCCAUUUACAAUAAAGAGAGGGAAGCAAGGCUUCAAGCUAGUCUUUGGGGCAGUGAUGAUGCAAGAUUGGAUGAUGUAGGUUUUCUUUUAGAUCAAGGAGAGAUUUCUCAUGGAAGGAUCCAGCAGCCAAGUGAAGCAGGCUCAAUUAUGCUGGAUAUGAAAAAGAAAAUUAAGGCCAUUAUAGGUGCUUGCUAUCCAUGGAUUCAUGCAACAAAUGAAGGUCUUUCUUUUGCUUAUCAACUUUUGUAUCUUCUGGAUGCUACUGGGUACUACAGUCCAGGAUUACAUGCUCUUGGUGUUCAUGUAUGCCGUGCCACAGGCCAAGAACUGAUGGAUUCAUCUUCUAGAAUAUCAAAAAUCAGAAGUCGUGAACGAGAGAGACUUCGUGGUCCUCCAUGGUUGAAGGCUGUUCAGAGAGUGAUGCUAACUUGCAUCUACACUACACUGGAUUAUGCUCAGACUGGACUAAUAGCUGCUGUAUUCUUCUUUAAAAUGAUGGAAUGGUGGUAUCAAUCUGCAGAAGAAAGAAUGUCAGCUCCGACAGUUUACCCGCCACCCCCACCUCCACCUCCUCCAAAGGUUGCUAAAGGUGGGAUUUCACUGCCACAAGACAGAUCGCUGUGCCCUCUAUGCUCGCAGAAACGAGCAAAUCCAUCAGUCAUCGCAGUUUCUGGUUUUGUCUUCUGCUAUUCUUGCAUAUUCAAAUAUGUUUCUCAGUACAAGAGAUGCCCGAUCACGUUGAUGCCAGCCUCAGUCGAACACAUUCGGAGGCUCUUCCAUGAUUUGUGAUCAAGACAAAGCAUGCCUAGAGCAAUUCACACGAAAAACCAAAAGCAGUAACAGGCUAACUUAUUCUGAAGUUAUGCAAAUUACAACAUUGAUCUGACCUUCCAGAAUUAAUCUUUCAACCAUGAUUUGGUCUUCCGUAUCUAUUCAGUGGCCUUUUUAAUACUUAAAUGACCAAAUUUAUCACCUGCAUGGGUUGAAGUGAUUCACAUUUAUCUGCAGUACCGACAGAGCAGCAUGGACUGUAAAUUCCCUAUAACAGUGAAAAAAAUUGUGUAAUUUAUUUGAAUUCUUUUGCACAAGGGAAGGAUUUUCUGUAAAUUAUUGAUGAUCUAACAUCUCCACAAGAUGAGAAGGUUUGGUAUUAGUCAAAAAUAAACUGUCUGCUCUUUUUAAACUUCAGCUUCAA